AUGUUUUUAAAACGAUUUGCAAGCACAAGACUGUACUCCCCUGCUUUAUCAUCACAUAUUCCCUUUAGACCACAAGCAAAAUUAUUUUUGAGCACUGAAACCAAGAAAGCUAUUGAAGGUUGUGUUUCCUCAGCCCCUGUGGUGUUAUUCAUGAAAGGUACACCAGAGUUCCCUCAAUGUGGUUUUUCAAGAGCCACUAUCGAAAUAUUAGAUCAUCAAGGAAUUGAUCCUAAUAAGUUUGCUGCCUACAAUGUUCUAGAAGACCCAGAAUUACGAGACGGUAUUAAAGAAUUCAGUGAGUGGCCAACCAUUCCACAAUUAUAUCUAAACAAAGAAUUUGUGGGAGGGUGUGAUAUAUUGACUACAAUGGCCCAAAAUGGUGAUCUGGCUGAGCUUCUAGAUGAAGCUGGUGUCUUAUGUGAUGUUGAAGACGACGUUAAGGGAUCAGAGUAA